AUGGAUGGUGAAGAUGAAAUGAAUGACUUGAGGCUUCAGUUUCAAGCACUGCAGAAACAACAAGAAAAAAGAAUAAUGGACAGGAAAAAGGAGAAGGAGCCCGAGAAGCUCAGUGUCAGUGAUGCUCCGGGGUUACGUGAAAACCAGAAGAACUUGGAUCUGUCAAAGCAAGGCAUUCAGGCAGUGACAUCUGAGGACAGAUGCCUACAGAAUGAGAAUCAACAUUUGUUAGACCAACUGAGAGAGCUGAAGGAUGAAAACGGUCGGCUGUUCAAACUUCUAAACGAAAAAGACUUUGAAAUUAAACAUCUGAAGAAGAAAAGAGAAGAGGAAAGGCUGGCUUUUGCAGGCACAACAGGCUUAGCAGGGGAUGUAGCAGCCACCAAGAUUGUGGAGCUGUCCAAAAGGAAUAGAGAGCUGACUGUUGAAAUCGAGCGUGAAAAGACCAAAUCCAAGCAAAAAGACAACACAAUCAAAGAGCUUGAGAGAGAGCUGCAAACUGCUUUAAUAAACUCACCUGGGCAAAAGCUUAGCUCAAAAUCACAAGAUAUGCAGUCACUUAAGGACACUGAGGAAAAUCCUGUGGUAAAAUCUCUGCAGGAGAAAUUAGCCGCAGCCCAGAUGAAAGUCACAGAGUAUCGCAACCAGGUUCAAUCUGUCAAACAGGAGUUGAAAAUGGCUCAGAAGGUUCUGAUCAGUGAGAUUGGAGAAGAGGUCAACCUUCAGCAAUUGCUAAGCUGUCCAGGGAGCUUUAGGGGUCGAUCUCAACAAAUCCUGGCUCUUCAGACGAGGGUGCGGGACUUGGAGCAGCAGCUGAUCCAGUCCACUCAACCGAGACAAUCAAGUGUCCUGAGUAUAGAGGAAGAGUUUGUGGGGGUCCUUAAGAAAACCCCUCCUCAAGAAAGAAACCUCAGCUACAUCCGAGCCAUUGAAAAGGAGAAGAGGGAGAUGUUUGAGAGGAUUUCAGUGGAUUAUGAGAACCUCCUGAAAGAACAUGAGGAUGUAAAGAAAAAGCUGGAAGCCUCUAAGGCCAGGAGCAAAUCUCUCUCUGCAGAACUGAAAACUCUGAAGGGUCAGAUCUCCACGCUGCUGGAGAAGGGAAAACAUGAUGAUGAACUUGUAGAUGUUCUGCUGAAACAGCAGACCCAGAUGCAGGAAGCACUGAAGCAACUUAGCCAAAAUCAAAAUAUACAAAGCAAAGAUUCCUCUCCAAGCAGUGAGACGUCACACCCUCUCAUUCAGAAUCUAAAACAAGCAGUUGCCAAGAAGGAAGCCAAAAUCAAAGAAUUACAGAAGGAAAUACACCGGCUUUCAUUCAAGGAAGACGGCACUGACAGACAGUUUAAUCAUACAUCAAUUUGCAGUUCACAAUUUUCCCCAGAAGAGGGAGACAUUAACAAGAGAAUACCAUCUACAGGUUCAGUGUCUAAAUUUGGUCAUAAACUGGUACUUCCUGCUGUGGGUAGUAGUAUAGAGUUCAAAGAUGCAGGUUCUUCAAAAUGUCCACAAUUUUCAGCUGAUGUGAGCUCAACGAUGACCGAGUGCACAGAACGUGAAACCCCCACCAUGGAGAAGGAUCGGCUCCUUGAACUGGUUAGAAGGCUGCAGGCAAAAGAAAAUGAGAUGAAUCUGAGGUGUUUGGAGGCAGAACAGAAGUAUCAGGUGGAACGCAGCAGGACGGCAAUUCUAGAGCAGCAGCUAAGAGGACAAAAUUAGACUCUGAGAGCAGUGUCCCUCAGCAUCAGAGUGAUUGGAGCUGUUUACCCACAUAUGAGCUGAAUUGUCACUCCAACAAGACUGUAUUUGGACAUAUUGUAGUUGUAAACCGACACCGAGCGGAAGCCUUGAAACUAUUCCAAAAGCUGUGGCCCAUUAGAUUUUUUUUUUUGUUGUUGUUGUUGUUUUUGUACAGCAGAUGAUAGA